CGGUGUUGCGACAGUGUCGUAAAGCGCCAGUGUUUGAUGGAUGGAAAUUUGACCGGUCUUCGUCCUCUGUGAAGCAGUAAUUUCGUCGCCCUUCAGAGCUGCUACGGUUGUCAUUCUUUUUUCGACUCAACUUACAUCGUCCUUACUGUUCACCAUGGCCAGCACUAUUGCCAGAAAAGCUAUCGAUCACCUCAGGAGCAAAGAGUUCCGGGAUUAUUUAACGAGCACGCAUUUCUGGGGGCCCAUAGCGAACUGGGGUCUCCCCAUCGCUGCCAUCGCGGAUAUGAAGAAGAGCCCUGAGAUUAUCAGCGGCAGGAUGACCUUUGGUGAGACGAUCACUCCUGAACUCAUGCAGACAGAACCUAUACAGUACAUGCUGCACGCUACAGUAUAUGCACACCCUUAUCUUUUUUUCCAUUACCAUAAGUAUAUACCGUGCCCUUUCCCUCAGGGCACUCAGGGUGAUUUUCAGUUUAACACAAAGACUUCGAGGAAACCGGAAGUCAGUAACACAAAUGUUUGAUUUCGCUUAAUGUUUGUGACACUUGCAAAAAAAACAAUAGAAAAUAUUGAACCCUGCCUGUUUAGCAACUCCUGUUGGAGUUUUUCAGCCCAGAGAGACUGUUUAGUUUGCUUGCUAACAGCACACGUGUACAGUGAGUAGCUGUAGUGUGAAUGUUUUUAACAGAGUAUUUACAUCUAUGAAUUCCUGAGCGUAAACAUCGUACAGGAGUUACGACUCUUCAGGCUUCACUAGCUGCUCCUGUGUCUCUUCAGAACAAAAACAUAACCAACAUAACUAAAAGUGGUUUCACGGAUCAAAGGGCAGUGUGUUUAGAUGUUUGGACUUUGGACAACUAGAGACAGCCCUACGCAAUACUGGAUAGGAUUGGGUUUUUUUAUGUUUCUCUGUAGUAGUCGUACCAAUGUAGUCAAGGUUAUUGGUUUAUUCAAGUUUUCUGAAUUUGAUUGUAGUAAUCAUUCGGGGAGCCG